CUUUACACUCGUUUCCGCAUUUGGUGACGUAUCUCGUUUACAACAUGACUCAAAAUGGCUGUCCACUAAACAGCUACUAGGAACUGAGAGAAUGAUGCCAGAUCACACAAAAUUAUUGUUCGAUUUUUUGGUUUACUUUUGAAAGAUUAAUAUAGUUAUUUGAAUCUUCAUUUUUUUUUUACACCAGAAGGAAUUUUGGUUUCAGCCCCUUUGGACCAUAAAGAAGAAUUUCAUUAUGAGAGGCUUCCAUCCUUGGUUGUAAUUGUGGCGCACACCAUACGCACUUGCAUGGGCAGAAUGGAGAGCGAUUGCAGGAUUCCCAUGUCAUGCUUAAGGCCCAGAAUUCUGGCCUUGCAUGCCCUCUUCUGGGGUUUAGUGUCUCUCAGAGUGUUUGGUGCAGCACUGCUUAGUGAGGAGAAGACCACAGUGGCCAGGCCAGUAACCAUCCCCUGCUGGCAAAUGGAGGAGUUUGUGGUUGCAGUGGAAUGUUCCCGGUGCAACGCCUUCCAGUCGAAGUCAUGGGCAGCAUGUAUUCAGACAGGAUACGUGGAGAGGAUCAAUUGCACCAAGUCUAAUAAAGAUGAGUACAAGAGCUGUCGUUCUACACUGAUGGAGGAGCACCUUUUCUGGAAGUUUGAGGGAGCCAUGUUAGGCCUCACCAUACUGUUCGCCCUCGUAGUGGUCGCUAGGCAACGUUCGCUGGACCGGCUUGCCUCUGAGAAAGUCCGUAGGCAGAUCGAGUCCAUCUAGCACAAUGGAGUGACGUGACUAGUAGAGCUUGCCAUGGUGGCACUGCUCAACAUUGCAAACUGUAGGAAUAACAGACACCUAAUUUCUGCAUGGCGGUAUUGUUGAGAAUGUUUAAUCCAGCUAAUUCAUUCUCCAUUUUUUUGGAGUUAAAGAAAUUAAGGCUGAUGGGUAACAGGCAUAAAAUAUCAAGACUGAAAUUUGAACUCCAGUGCUUAUUUUUAACCUGCCAAAGCACAAAUGACGAACAGUGUCUGGCAUUGGUCAAUGGAAUUUAUAUCCUUAAAGGUGGUACUUUGAUCUUGACAGAGCAUAUGAAUUGACUGAACAUUGGGAAUCGACUGCAUUCUAAGUAGCAGACAAUUGAUGAAAGUUAUUGGAUUUGUUGAAGCCACAUACCGGUUUAUUUUGAAGACAUUUUACAUUUAAUUUUUAAAGUGGAUUGAUGUCUUUGUUGAACAUAUAAAAUUGUCUAACAAAUUGCAAGACAAGUUUCUGGCACAUGUUUCUGUUCUCUGAGAGAACAAAGAAUCUUAAUCUGGUGUCAAAUGCCACGUUUGACUAGGAAACAUGGACUGCAAACUAGCACUGUGAGUGGAUCUCUAAUGGGUUUUAAGACACAGGAGGGUGGGUGUCACCCAUUGUUUGUAUGUGCUGUUGGAUGAGAUUCAUGCUGCUCUUUAAUUUUACCUUUAGAUUUCAUAUUUUCCAGAUUCAGUGAUGGUCUUCUGCUAAACGUCUGAAACCACAUGGUUGCGAAAGGUGACAUUUUAUGUGUUGGGGAUUUCGGGCAAUGUUCUAAAUUUAAACACUAACAUUUGACUACUGAAGUUAAUGAAAGAACGGUGUAGAUAUGCAGUAUCAAUUCAACAAUGUGCAUCUUUCUUUAAGGUUUUCAUUCAAUUAAAAAUGUUUUGUAGGAUUUCCGGUGAUAGAUACUCACUUAUUUUCUAAUUCAAAUUGGCUAACAAUUGUUAAUGUAUCUUGGAGUCAGCCAGCAUUUGUCAAAAACUUUUUUCUUUAGUAUCUUUAACCCAACAUGAUAUUUCUUAUCUAGUUUUCCAUCAUUAACUGUUUUCGGGUUUAAUGCUGCUCUUAUUUAUCAAUAAGUCACUGUGGCUUGUACAUACGCAUAAGCUGUUCCUUCUCAUAGGAGUCUGUUCAGUGAGGUAAAAGUUUUACAACAUUGCAGAUAGAAAAGGAAUACGUGUGGCUUUACGGGAUCUUCUACACAUGACAGUCCAUCCUAAUAGUUCUACUACGCAAUACAUUUUUAUCUGAAUGGUCUCUCUGAGACAGCACUCUUAUGAACAGGUCCCAGUGUUUUAUUUUUUACUUGACAAUGUUCGUGUGUAUUGGAGGUCAGGGUCCACACGUGUUGAGCUGUCAUUUCUAACAGUACAGUCAAACGUUGGUCUCAGAAUUAUUGCCAGUAUUUUCCAAACUUGUUCUAAUGAUUUUACCAUGGUUUUACUUUAAAUAAGGUAUUUUUAUGAAAGAUGUGGGGGGUAAUGAGCCUCAGCAGCUAACGGAGAUGAUAAUCCUGCAAGAAUAAAUGAAUAAAAUACA